AUGGCGUCGGUUCUUCAUUAUAUCGGCUGGGCAUUUCUUCCCAAUCGCUCCUCGCAGUAUGCAACUUCCUUCCUCCAGAGUGUCUAUUAUGGCGUCACCAUUCGCGCCGGUGAACCUCGUCCCAUGCCCCAAACGCCACGGUAUGAGCGCCACCGCCGUCGUAUCUUCAUUUUCGUGAUUAUCAGCUACCUCGUCUACACACUCUACGAGACCUUCCACCAGGUCCAGGUCGCAGGCGACUACUACCAAGUCCUCGGCGUGUCACCGUUCGCCGACGAGCGUAUAAUCAAAUCCCGGUUCCGGAAGGUGGCCGCCCAGUUCCACCCGGAUAAGGUCGGGCUGGACAAUGGGGCAGAGGCACAAUUCAUCUUCCUGCGACGCGCCCAGGAAACGCUGGUCGAUCCGGUGAAGCGGUUCGCAUACGACCGUUUCGGCCCCGACAUGCUGACCUGGGGCGACAAGAAGACCAUGCGCGACUUUUUGACUGCGUCGCUGUCCCGCGUGAUCCUCCCGCAGUACGUCGGCGGCUUCGCGACAAUGAUCGUGAUGAACUGGCUGUGGUGGGCGAAUUGGGGGCGCUAUUGGCGCUUCUAUACCUUCGCGGCCAUGCUCACCCUCGAGCUCGCGCUCAUCACGCACCCGCAAGCCGUCUUCAUGCCAACCUCCUACCUCCCCUCCGCCCUCCGCGCCUGGAUCCCCGAAGAACAGUCCUUCUACCUCCUCCCCUUCCAGAGCCUAGCCAUCGCGCGCCGCGCCGCGAUCACCUUGCACAUCUUCAUCUCGCAAGUCGCGCCGCCCAGCGCCCGCACCGGUAAGGGCGAGAUACUGUCCCCGCAGACUAUGCAGCGGAUGGGCCAGCUCGUGCAGACAUCGCGGAAGACAGACUUCGAAGCCACCCGGCUGAUGCAGCUUGGCCUGGCGCCGUUCCGGGGCGACCGCGAGAGUGUGUCUGCGUUACGACGGGGGAUGAAGGAGGGUUUGAUUCUUGGAGGGGUGCGGUCUAGCCCGGAGGUGCAGCGGGCUGUUGCGCAGGUUAUAGAGCGGAGGAAGGCCGAGAAGGAUGGGAAGGCGGAUUAG